AUGACAGAAUCGUUUCAACAAGUUCAUCAAUAUACUGGAUUACCAUGGUGGGCAUUGAUUCCCAUAGCUACUUUCACAUUAAGAUCAAUAUGGACCAUGCCUUUAGCAGUAUUACAAAGAAAGAGAUUACAAAAACAAUCAGCAUUACGUCCUAUAAUCAGUGCUACCAAUCCAAUAUUAAAAAUGAAUUUAGCUAAACAAGUUAAUAAAGCAAAAGCUAAAGCUACUAAACAAUUAGAAAAGAUUGAUUCCGGGAAAUCUGAAGAUUAUAGUGAAUUACUGAACCCAUUAGUUAAUAUGAAAUAUGAACAAAUCUUAAUUCUUAGUGCUAAAGAAACCAGAAAGAGACAAAAACAAUUAUUUAAAAGAUUUAAUAUUCAAAUUUAUAAGAAUUUCUUAUUACCAAUAUUUCAAAUCCCAUUAUGGAUUAUAAUGUCAAUUACCAUGAGAGAUUUAAGUGGUUGGUCAAGUUGGGAUAAUUUACAUAAUAAAGCAUUAGAUCCUACUUUAUAUACUGAAGGAUUAUUAUGGUUUACUGAUUUAACUAUUAAUGAUUCUUUACAUGUAUUCCCAUUAUUAUUAGGGAUAACAUCAUUAGCUAAUAUUGAAUGGUCAUUUAAAACAUUGGAAUUACUGAGAUUAACUAAACGACAAUCAAGAAGACCAACUUUCAUUGAUGCUAUGGGUAAUUUGUCAAGAUUAAUGGUUAUCUUUAUGAUGUCUAUAUCAACUCAAGCUCCAGUAGCAUUAACCUUAUAUUGGUUAAGUAGUCAAUUAUAUUCAUUAAUUCAAAAUAUUAUAAUGGAUUUAUUAAUGCCAAUAAGUUUUACACCAAAAAAGAGAUUAAAUUAUUCUCAAUCAACCAAUAAGAAUUCAAUUGAUAUAAUUAAUCAUUAG